CUUCAAGCGUCGUCUGUCGAUUUUGGAAUAGUUUAAAUGGUAAAUGUUAGUGUUGUGUUUGUGGUGAUGUAAACAGCUCAUUUGGGCGUGCCGUUUAUAAAAGACCUUUUUAUCACUUAGUAAUUAAAAGUGUAGGCACGCGUCAAUAAUUUAUAAUAGGCUGGAGAGAUGGUUAUGUUAGAUGCUUGUUGGGCCCCAUGUAUUUGGACAGACAACUUGAAGACCGGCUGCAAAGCUAUAGCAUUUUACACAGUUGCCAUGAGUAUUGUACUAAUGACUUUCGUCAUUUUUGAUAUGACUGGUGGAGAUUCUACCCAAUUGUAUAAUCCCUUAUUCGAAGCAGAUAUACGAUACUCGAUGCAAGUUGUGGGAGGCUUUAUACUGUUUUACUUUUGUUUGUUAAUUGCCUCAGCUGUGCUUCUAGUUAUUGGAUUGCGUAUCAUGAUUCGAGGAUUGAUGCUUCCGUGGAUGAUACUUUUCGGAUUUGCCAUAUUUUUUCAGCUAAUAUUUGGCUUGUGGUUAUUAGGAGGCUAUUAUAUUUAUAUAGAGACUGUCUUUUACACAUUGGUAAUAUGGUGCUGGAUGUCAUAUAAUAUAUAUUGUUGGUUGGUUGUGCAUUCGCAGUAUAACAUAUUCAAGGAAUUUCAGUCACCGAACAUUGAGCUGCUGUGGCCCUAAUUAUUUUCCAUCUAGGUGCCAGUAUACAUCAGUUAUCUAUCCGUCCUGCACUUUUGACUGGAGCAAAUGAUAUUUAUUAUAUUAAUAGUAAUUUAGGAAUUGUAUUUGGAUUUAUUUUAUAUUUUUAUACUAAAUUAAAUACAUUUUCGUGAAUUUUAAAA